AUGAAGGCAAACACUGUGAUUCCCCUCCUUGGCCUUUCGGGUGCCGCUCUUGGUGCUGCUGUUGCCCGGAGCACCCAGGAGCCUUGGGGAUACAAGUCUGGCUCCGAGGAGUCCAUCGCCAACUUGAAGGAUAAGAUUGAGAAUGUUGUUUGGAUCCUGCUGGAGAACCGCGGUUUCGAUAACAUUCUCGGUGGUAUCCACAAGGAUGGUCUGGACAACGUGGUCAACAACGGUCCUUUCUGGAACCCCCAGCUGGUUAAUGAGACCAACAGCAAGAAGUGGUACAGCCAGUACAAGGAUUACGACUCGGUUGCCCAUGACCCGGAUCACUCUGUGACUGGUGUCAACUUCGAGAUGUACGGCACUUACACUCCCGACAACGAGGCCAUUGCCAACGGUUCCUUGAAGCCCAGCCUCAAGGGCUUUGUCGAGCGUCAGAUGGCCGCAUACCCGGCCAUCUCUGCUCAACGCGCCACUGAUGAGGUCCUCGGAUACUACUCCGAGGAUGAGGUCCCCACACUCGUGGACCUGGUUGAUGAGUUCACCACCUUCAACUACUGGCACUCGUGUGUGCCCGGUCCUACCAACCCCAACCGUCUCUGCGCGCUCGCCGGUACCUCCGACGGUCACGGCGAGAACGACGACAGCUUCCUUGAGUCAACCAUUGAGAUCAAGGGAAUCUUCGAAGAGGCCACCAGCAAGGGUAUUUCGUGGAAGAACUACGACGGCACCAACGGUGACUUCCUCCCCGACUCCCUGUUCUUCAACUGGACCGCCAAGAACGCAGAGAGCAACGUCGUGCCCCUGGAGAACUUCUACCAGGACGCAUACCUGGGUCUGCUCCCCCAGCUAUCCUACAUCAACCCCUCGUGCUGUGGCCUGAACACCAACUCCAUGCACCCCUCCGGCAACGUUUCCUUCGGCCAGGUCCUGGUCAAGCAGGUGUACGACGCCGUCCGCACCGGACCCCAGUGGGACAAGACCCUUAUCCUCCUUACCUUCGACGAGACGGGUGGAUUCUUCGACCACGUCGCUCCUCCCCUUGCCGUCCGCCCCGAUGACAAGACCUACGUUGAGACCGCUCCCAACGGCAAGAACUACACCCUGAAUUUCGACCGUCUCGGUGGCCGUAUGCCUACCUGGUUGAUCUCCCCCUACGCUCCUAAGGGCUACGUUGAGAACUACGGUACCAACCCCAUUACUGGCAAGUCUGAGUCUUACAGUGCCACCUCUGUUCUGAAGACCCUCGGUUACCUGUGGGAUUUGGAGGACUUCACUCCUCGUGUCUCGCACUCGCCUGCCUUUGACCACCUGAUUGGUCCCACGGCUCGGGACUCUACUCCCGCCACCCUGACCAACCCUCACACCUUUGCCAAUGCUGUUUAG